GAAGCAGUGUUCAGUGUUUUGUGUUUUUACUUUUUACUUAUUUCCUGCUCAUAUUUAAAUUUAAAGGUUGAAAAGUUAUUUUUAGUUAUUACAAAUGCCCGAAAUAGUCAUGCAAAUAAACGAUGUACAUCAAUGAAAAAUCCUUGGUACAUUACGUCUACCAAUUCAUUUACCCAUAAACAUACAUUUUCUUCAAUUCUCAACAGUUGUUGUUUGCGUGUUUUGUUCUGAAUGAGAAGUUUGAUUGAUUGGAGUUAUCUACUGUGUUGUACAUGGAUAUAAUCAGAACGAUUUAAUCAGUUUUAAAAAGUGUGAUAAUGUGAAUUAAACAUUUCUCUUAGUUAAAUAAUAUUUAUUAUGGUGUCCUUAAGAUUUAAAAAAGCGUUCUGUGUUAUGUACUCUGGAUUACUUUUUGUAUCUGGAAUAGUUCUAAUAGUAGUCUCCUCUGUUUUAUUAUACAGAGUGUUUCAUCACUUUGAUUAUAUACCAGGAAGUACAGUUGGUCCUUUGAUAUUAUUAAUAAUUUUAGGAUUUGGACAUAUAUUUUUAACAUGGUUGGGAAUAAAAGGUCCAACAUUGGAACAUACUUUCCAUAUAAUUUUGUUCAUAGUUUUUACAAGUAUUUUAUUAAUAACCGAAUUUAUAAUUGGAGUUUGGACGAUGAUUUUGAGGGAUGGAGCUCCUACUCAUUCCGUUGAUUUAAUGACCGAAGCUUUCAAUGAAAUGAUUAAGGAGCAAUAUUACAAUAAAGAUUUCGCUCGAAUGCAAGCAGAGAUCGAGUGUUGUGGUUUAGAUGGAGCAGCGAAUUACGCAAACUACUUUCGAACUGAUGAUGCUAUUAGACUAUCAUAUAUGUCUUGUAAAGACAGUAACGUACCAAAUAACAAUGUAGAUUUUGAGCCAUACCCAGAUGGUUGCCAGGACGCUUUUCCCGAUUAUCUACAGUUACUUCUGUUAGAAGCUGCUUUGAUGGGAUUUAUCUGCACAGGUUUACAGGCUUUUGGACUUUACGUCAUUUGUUCCUUCAACCGAAGUUUGAAAGAAGAACGUUCAAGGAGAGCACGGCAAAGAGCAGAGCUGCAACGACAACUGUCAGCACAAAGCCAACAAUCCCAUACACUACUACCACAACCUGAAAUAGGCGAGGUAGGAUUGGUACCACCCCCAAUAGGAAUAUCUCAUUUGGCCUCAUCACCAGAACAGGAACCCAUGCGACCUCCACGCGAACGAGCCACUGCACCACAACCACCUGCACCAGCAGAUCCGGAAAAAGUAUAAAUGUUGAUAAUUUAUUCUAGUGUCUAUAUAACUAUCAUCAGUUAAUCUCUUUUGAGAUUUUUAAUGUAAAUUAUAUUUUCUGUACAAAUCUGUCUCAAAAUUUAAUUUGAUUAUGUCUGCCUUAGUACACGCAGCUUGCAUAGUUAGUUGAAAGAAGAAGUUAAUCUCCGUUAAGAUUGUUAGAAUCAUUAUUCGCAGACUGCUGCGAUUGAAGCUGAGCAAUCCUUUCUCUCUCAACGGGACUUGGUCUCGCUACUAGAAUCUCAGCUUGUUUUUAUCACUCGCUGUUCUUCGACACUCUUCUAACUAACUACUACUUAGCCCUUGAGGUUCAUCUGAUUAUGUGAACUCAUAUAGACAUUGAACAUCACAUCUUGCUGCUUAUUAGAUGCUAUUGCCAAAUUCCAAACGUACUUGCUUGUUAAACCGUAGCUAUGAUGGUUAAGAGACAUUAUCUGAGAUCUUUAAGCCUUUAUGAGAAUAUCUCGCUUCAGCAGCUACUUGUGAGAGGAAACUAAUCCUUGUUCACAUUAUUUUUCCCUUUAAGGGACAAAUUUUCCCUCCCUCCAGCUUCUUCUUGGCCUUCCUCUUUUCGUUCUCCCUUGUGGUGUCCACGUCAAAAUCUGUUUGGGGAUCCUGUUAUCUUGGUACUGCGGGUUGUUACCCCCGAUGAUGGUGUUAAUUAAGUUGAAACACUAAUUACCGAAAUAUACUUAUUUAUAACACUAUGUACGACAGUAACUAGUUGGUGUCGGGAUGGAUAAUGUCUGUACUCUAACCACGUCGGUUUCUGAAUAAUGAAUAAUCCCUUUCUUUACUUUCUACGUAUCUAUAAAUAAAUCCCAAUUGUUUGUUAGGAUUUCAUACUUGAAUGUGACCAUGAAAAUACUAAUAGUAACAUAAUUGCUGACUCCGUUGUUUUCAAAACGAGUGGCCUACAUUGCAGAAGCAAUGUCACCCAUUUACGUAAUGUAAACAGUACAUGUAAAUAAUAUUUGUUUGAGACUUUGAAAAAUUAAAUCGAUAUGGAUUACUCAUAUUUUUUGGAUGCUAAUAUAAAUCCUGUACACUGUCAUCUGGCUGCUGCUCAUCUCCAGAAGUCCAUUUCAGUUCCUAGUAACAUUUUCUCUGUUCUUUGUUUGAGAGGCCAAAUUUCACUGCCAUAUGUGAUUACACACUUUUAAGUAUGGUAUUGUAUAUGAGCUGUUUGUUAGCUGUAGAUAUUCUUUGGUCCCACAGAAUGCCGUUCAUCAUGGAUAUGGCUUUUCUACCCUGUAUGUUAAUGUGUCUUUUAUAGCAGCAUGAGUGUUCCAUCUUGAGUUAUCUUCAUGCCCAGGUACUUGUAUUCAUCACAGUGUUUAAUUUCUACCCCAUCGUCUAAUGUAAUGGACUACUUUGUCCCUCCAAUACACACGGCUUCAGUUUUCUUAAUGGUGACUUCGAGAGCCCAUUUUUUAUAUUAUUCUAUUAGCUUCCGCAUCAUUUAGCUGAAGUCGUCAUGAUCCUGGGCAAUCAGAAUUUGGUCAUGAGCGAAACAUACAGUGUAUAAUGUUGUCUCGUCAGUGAGAGGAAUUCCCAUGCCAUUGCAUUUGCUUUUCCACAGCUUGAGUGCUUGUUCCAGAUAGAGUUUGAAAAGGGUAGGCGAAAUUCAGCAAUCCGGCUUCAAUCCUUUUGUGACCUUAAAUCCCUCAGACAUCCGUGAUCCAGUUUUAAUUUUUGCAGUCGUUCCAUUAUACAGACUUUGGACUGCUUUGAUAAUAUACAGGGUGUCCACGAAAAUAGUGCGUUCCUUUAAGGUAUGGAUAUAAUACACAAUGUAGAACAAAAAAGUCCUAUAACAUUUUUUUCUAAAGUUAACCGUUUCAAAAAAAAAUUACAUUGUUCUCUAUAUAAGCGAACUUUUAUUUUCAUAAAAUUUAAAAAUUUGGCAUCACUACAAGAACUGUUGUUGAUUUAGGUUAUUGACACAAGAAAAAUGUAAGUCAGACAGGUACAGCUGCAAAAUAAUUAUACCACCCCAUGUUUGAAAAUAACAAAACAAGAAUUUGUUUGUUUGUUUAGGAUGAAGACAGGGUUUAAUGUAAAUACUAAAGGCUAAUGCUGCAACUAUUUUUGAAUUGUGAUUGUCUAUGUUUAGAUUUCUGUAUACAUAGUUGUCAGAUUUCAAUUUGCACACCAAAGUGUAUUUUGGGUUUUUGGCCUGUACAUAUAAUAAUGUUCUUGAACUCCUAAGUGGAGCAUAGAGCUUCAGUGAAAUCGCGCCAUCGGGUGCUAUUUUGCCCUAAGGCGUUCACCUCAUUCCAAGACACUCUUGACCUCUUAUCUCGUCCAUUAUGGAUCUUCUCCAAGUUUGUGCUGGGCGACCUCUUUUUCUUUUUCCUUGGGGAUUCCACUCUAGGGCUUUGAUAAGACCAUUUUUAAUGUCGGUCUGCUGUAGUGUUGACCAUAGUUUGCCGAGGGCCCUUUUAGCCCCAACUCGCAAAUUUCAAAUAUGCCGUUGGGACCCGAUCCUCCAAUCUACCUCACCAGUUCAGUAUAUCCUUGGACAUUGACAUCUAACACUUGAGACCUCUAUUAAGACUCAAGUGGCGUAAAUCCUAGAAUAGCUUCAAGGGUAACGGAAGGGUAGUUACCGUGUAGUAAUAGGCAGAUUUAAUUUUUUCAGUUUCUUGGUCACUAUUAGUAGAUUAAUGACAAUAGACAAUUUAAAAGAUUAUUGUUCUUUGAAGGGAACCAUUCUCGUUGGAACUUUACCUCGCUGAGCAGAUGGGACGUGAAUUAUAAAUUGUAAAAUUCCCUCAUCUUCUUUAGUCUCAGCAUCCGUUAUGGCUUGCAAAUUUUACAAGCCUCGGAGGUGUAACCAGAGAAGGUUCCCAUUGUUUUCAAUCUGAUGGGAUGUAGAGUAAUAUUUUUGAUGUUACUUUAUGUGCUAUUAGAUUGAAAACUUAGUCUUUUGCUAGCAGUUGCCGCUAGGGCAUCCCUGCCAUUUAGUUCGUUGCGAUCCGUAACUGCACGCCGGGGUUUGUUUUGGUUGGAUCAGAGAGAGCAGCAUACGUGCCUCCUGAUGAGAGACUAAUAAGUUUCGAAACCGGUAGAGGUGCUUGCUGCACUCUCUGAUUGAACUAGAAUAUGAUGCGGCUGUAGUUUCGUGUUGCAACGCAAUUGAAAAUGGUUAUUCAUUUUUUAUUAUUGUUCUUGUUCUUAAAGAAACAGAUUAGUUAAGAAUAUUGCCAACAUAUGGUAUAAUAAGCAGUAAAACAAAAAUCAGAAAGGAAAAAGAGAUUUUUAUCUUGCUAAUAUAGACACUAGUUAAAUUAUUAUUAAAAAAAGACUUUGUGCCAGUCACCUAUAAUUAAUACAAAUAAUGCCUAUUUAAAUCUAAUCAAAGGCAAAUAUUAAAUAUUUUCACUUUUGAACGACCUACUGCCUACUUUAUUUUGGUUGGUUGGCAUAUAUUUUUUAUUCUUAUGGAUUUUACUGGUAUUUUUUAUUAUUUAAAUUGCACCAUGACAAAACAACUACCAUUUGGUAUGAAAUUGUGGAUAUACAUAAUAGGUGUAUACGGGUUGAUUAUAAUAAUAUAUAUUUUUUGUAUUUGCAAUGUAAAUAUAUCGGCUUAUCAUUUGUUUAGUCGAUUAGAAAGUGAUAAGUACUAUAUUAAUUUAUUGUCGUUCGGUUCAAGGUUAUUUCAAGAUAAUUACAAAAUUAACGGAAAUGUAUUAAAUUAUUUGAAAAGUUGCAUAGGAAUGUAAUUUUUUUUAAAUAUAACAUCUUCCAACUUCAGAAGAAAAUUCUCUAGGCUCUUGAGCAUUUUUAAACUAAUUUUUCUAUUUAACUCUCGCAGUCUAAUAUAACUUCGAAUUUUAGCGAAGUAAAGGACAACUUCGUAAGGCACUGAUGUAGUUGUUAUUUGUGAUAUUGUUUUAUCAGCUAAUUUGUGAAAAAUGUUCUCCUUUUUAGAUAAAGAGUUACCAUGCAUCUUAUAGAACUCCGUCUAGAGUUUCAGAGCCACAAAAGAGAACCUCUAGACUCUAGAGACAGCUUGUAUCCAGUCAGGGCUCUGUUCAUGUCUCUAUUAAUGUUGAAAUUAAUUGUUCAUCACAUGUUGGAAGCUGUGACUCCUCAGUAAUCGUCUCUAUGUUCUUUUGAUGUGCUAAUUUACAACUUAAAAUACUGUUUGAUGAUUUUAUAAUAUCUUCACCUCUUCUCUACGUCUUCUUUUUGUGAUUCUCAGUGUUCUUUCCUCAGAUUUUCGCUUUAGGUCAGUAUUUGAUGAGCCUCCAGGUAAGUUUAGAGUAGGUACUGAACCUUGUAGAGAUUCAUCAGCCUUUAAAUAACGAGCAUUCUUUGGAGAGUAAUUCAAAAGCCUUUGUUUCAGAGGAAUUUCAUAAUGUUUUUCUUCAAAAUGUAUUGAGCAAAUCGUUACUGAAAAAAGGUAAAGUUACUUAUACUUACAUAAAAUAUAUUAUUAUAAAUAUAAAUAUUUAUUUAAUACAUCUCUUUUUGAUAUCUUCUUAUUACUUAUUUUUGAUAUUAUAUCAAUUUCUUAUAAAUAUACAUUUUAGAAUUAAUUCCAAACUUACAUUUUUUUAAAUUAAUUUUAUUAUAUCUUCUCUGCGACAAGCGAUUAUCCAUUGUUUCGACAAAUUAUCUGUCUUUGGAAAGCUGAAGUAUUUUAUUUUCGUACCUUUUGUACUUUGAUUAUAGUUUUUGCAAUUAUAUACGGCACAAUUCGGCAUUGUAAAUUUAUGCCAGACCCACACGAUACCAAAAACAAUACAAAUAAUAAAUUGAAUAUUAUUACGUUCAAUAAUGUCUAAUAAAUUAAAAGUAACAAAAUAUAUUCUAUAUUCCCCGCUCCGUAAAACUGUCAGCUGUAAAGAAUUUCACAAAUGCAUGUAAAAAUGUAUCUGCAAGUUUUUUUUUAUUUAGCUCCACUUAAUCUACAAUCUGUUAACACUCGUAACAAUAAGUAAAUUUUAUGACAAUAAUUAGAAGAAAAAAUGACUUGUAGGAAUUCUCUCCAGUGAGAGGCUUCCUUUAACAUAUAAUUAACAAAGUUAAUAAUGUAGUGGUAACUGUUAAAUAAUUUUAUUUAAAUCUGUUUAUUAAGUCUGUAGGCUUAAAACGCUUUAGUCGACGCACUUCAUCGUUGACAUUAAACAGUUCGCGCACUAAGUCAUUAGAGUGAGCACUAGUUUUGUUUUUGUAUUUUUCACUGUACUUUGUGACUUCAGUUUUUAUGGAUGGAACUUGGAGGUCUUUUUCUAUUAUGUUGUUCGAAACAUACCGCGGAGCAUUGGCUAUAAUUCGAAGAACUUUGUUCUGGAAUCUUUGUAGGAUUUCUAGGUUUGAAUUGCUAGCAGAACUCCAUAAUUGAAUUCCAUACGUCCAUAUUGGCUUCAGUACGGCUUUAUAUAUUGUUAUGAUCUGCUUCUUAUUAAUUUUAUAUUAAUUAUUAUUUAUUUGAUUAAUUAUUUAAUUGUCGCAAAUCAUACAUAAAAAAUGAAUAAAAAAUCUCAGGGUGCCUUUUUAUACUAUUAAAAAAAAUCUAAAUUAUCUCACGUUACACUUAUCUUCUCUCGUGAGUUCAGUAUCUCUUAGUUGAUCCUAAUCGGGAUAAAAUAGGGAAAAGAAAUAAAGCAAAAUAUUAAAAUAAACAUACAGAAUUGUCUUUUAUUUAUCAAAAUCAAUACUCUAAAAUCUAUCAAAACUAAAACCUGUGGACACAGAUGUCCGAAUGAAAUUUUUACCUCUUAAAUAUUAUUAUAGUUAAAAAAAAACAAUUUAUCGGUUUGUUCCCGAUACCUAUGGUAAAACACUAAACAAAACAAAUUUAUGUAUUCGCAAGAUUACCUAUAUUUACUAUUUACUUUUUGAAAUAUUGGAAUUUUAAUUCAUAUGCUUUUUACUCAAAAAUUUAGUUUUCGAACAUAAAAAUCUCUUUCACAUAAAUUGACUGACCUUUUGCUUCACUCACUCUGAUGUCUUCUCGUGACCCAAAACAGCUCUCCCUCGUUGACUAUGUUAAAGGCUACUCAUCAAAGCCCUCUCCGUUCUCCAGCUUCAAAACUAUCAGCAUACCAGCACCAAUUCUCCAACAAGCCGGGCCUCUUUUGACACGUACUCGAUUCAAACAAAACUCCAAAAAUUCUCUGCUCUCCUUCUCACAAUAAUACAGAAUCAAAGAGGUAUUUCGUCUCAAUUUGAUCUGUCUCUCGUUCCACUUUUCAACACUAUUCUCCACUAUCAAACAAACCACUGGUACUUGCUAACUAUCUAUUCACGAAAACGUCGAACUGCUCCUCAGCGAUGCCAAAAACAUAAUGACUUCCUUUUCAAACUCUCUCAAUCAUCCAAUCCACUUUUCCCCUUCCACAUUGCCAAGAAUCAGAAACAUCGACUUUUCCAUACGACAAACAAACAGUCAUUUUCAAAAUUAUUCCGACCAUCCUAAUUACUUUUGGAGAACUAUAAAACAUUUACUCGUGUUGAACAAAGAUAAUAAAAUUCCAAACUUUCUUUUAAAACCACUUUUCUCGAAAAUGAUAAUUACAUCCAGCUGUGGAUUCUAUAGUUUCCGUAGUAAACAAACUUUCUCCAUUUUAAAUCUAAAUACAUAGUCCUUUUCACUUUAAUUAUUCACAAAAGUCUUUAAUGGUUCAUCGGAAAGCUCAUUAAAAAGAGAAAUCCACUUACAUCCAAACUAAAUUCUAAUAAAUAUUUACAGCUCAAUAUACAGGGUGUAUCAAAUUUAUGUGCCCGCGUUAUUUAAAAAAAAAUUUAAUUUAAUUUUCAUUUUGCUUUUGAUUGAUAAAUUGAAAACACAAUAAUAUUAAGAUCUUAUUUGUGAGAUUUAAUUGUGAUUUCCUGCCAAUAAGCCAGUAAAGUUGUCUUAGUUUGAGACCCAAUUGUUUUCGUUUUGUAAAUAUAUGUGUUCUCCAUGUUAAUCUUCUGUCAAGAUGUAAACCUAAAUAUUUGACUUCAUUUCUCUGAGUAAUCAUUUGAUUAUUUAAUAACACUGCUGGACAUAUACCUCUUCUUAGUGUAAAGGUAACAUGGAUUGAUUAGGUCGCAUUAACUCGAAUUUUCCAUUUUUUUAACCAUGCUUGGAUAUUAUUAAGGCUGGCUUGUAAGUUUCUUGAGGCAGUUACUGGAUCAUGAUGUGAGGCGAGUAUUGCAGUGUCAUCUGCGAAGGUUGCUGUUAUUGUAGUUCUUGAAGUUGGUAGAUCUGCAGUAAAAAGCUGGUACAACAUUGGUCCUAACACGCUGCCUUGCGGUACUCCUGAUUUUAUUUGGUAUAAUUCUGAAUAUUCUGAAUGGUAUUUAACUGAAUAGAAUCUGUCAGAUAAGUAAGACUUUAGAAGUUCAUAAUAUGGAUGAGGCAAUAAGUUUUUUAGGUUAUAAAGUAGACCUUUGUGCCAGACUUUAUCGAACGCUUGGCUUAUGUCAAGAAACGCUGCUGAGCAAUAUCGCUUAUUUUCAAAGUCGUUGCUGAUAUGUUUUACUAAUUGCUCUAUGGUUCCAUGUUCUUGUCUAAACCCAAACUGAUGUUCUGGUAUGAGAUUUUUGCUAUCUAGUAUUGGAUUGAUGCUUUUCAUUAUUAAUUUUUUCAGCACUUUGGAAAGCACAGGCAGUAAACUUAUUGGCCUAUAUGAUGUUAAUUCCUCUAGUUUUUUUUCCUGGUUUUGGGAUCAUAAUUAUAACUGCCAUUUUCAGUUGUUGCGGAAAAUAAUUUAAUCUUAUUAUUGCAUUAAAAAUUUGUAAUAUAGCCGUUAUUUUUUACUUCAAGUAUUAUUUUUUUUUAGUUCCCUUGCUGCUUUAUUAUAUUUAUUUUUAUUGCUCACUGUUCUGUUUUGUUGCCAAUUUCCUCUUGCCUUCUUUUCUCUGAAAUUUUUUCUUUUAUAGUUGGAGGGCAGGAUUCUUUUCUUGUUGACUGUUUGUAGUUUGGAGUUGCUGCCCAUGAAGCUUUCUGUAUGUUUUUUAUGAGGUUAGUUAUCGCCCAUUCAACAUCUGCAGGUGUUUUUAAUGGUAUUUUUAAAUCUAUUGCUUCAUCUAAUACUUCUUGAAAAGUAUCCCAAUUGGUCUUUUUAUUGCACAGAGUGGGUGGAUUUGGAUUCUGACUUAUAUCGGAGUACAUGUUCAUAAGGACUGGAGUGGUAUCUGCAAGUUAAGUGGCAAGUAUGUGGGUUCCUCGAAGCUGACGUCGUGCGCGAAACGGACGGAAUUAGGCGCCAAAAUCGGCAUACCGUCUGUACGUGUACCGUGGUAGAAUAUAUUUUGGGAUUAUGGCCAAUGUUAUAGCGAAUUCAUUAGCACAAUACAUUGCAGUAAUCUAUUGCCGUAUAUCUCACGAUUCAUGUCGAAUGGUAUUUAAAAAAUUAAAUAAUUUGUGUGUUUUUGAUAUAUAUUUAUAUAUUUGUGUUGUACAAUGAUAUAAUUGAUAAUUAUUUAAACUAUUUUAUACUACACUAUACGUGUUAAAAUCUUAUAUAGUUCUUCCACUCUAUCUUUGCCCAUGCAUGAAAUUAUUCAGGAAUUACUUUUUACACUAGAUCUCUUUUUUACUCGAAACUAGUAUCGCAAAAUUAAGCUGCUUGUCCAUAGACACCACAAUAAGUUAAAUCGAUACGACAUGUCUUUGAUACCUUGUUAAUAGCGCAUUUGUUGCGUAUAUUGGAAUUUGUAACUUAUAUUGUUUAUUUUAUAAAGUUAUAUUGUGUUAAAUACAUUAUAAUAUAUAUAAAUAUAAAUGUACAAUAUAAAUUUAUAAAAUACGUCCACCGAUAAUAGCCAUUUCCUAAUUAUUACAUUGACAGUACUUAUCAAUGAUAUUACACAUCGACAUACGUUUCAAUUAACGUUUUGAUUUAUCUUGUUUGAAAAUUAAUCAUGACGGUUAAGCAAAGAUAAAAUGGAACAACGAUACCAUAUAUGUUUUUAAAACAUUUACACAUUUACAAACUGUAAUUGCUAUUUUUUAAUGUAAAAGAUUGAUUAUUAAGCUUGGUCAUGUUCAUAUCACUAAAAUAGAUUAUGACUCUAUGUUUUUACACUGUUUACGUACUUAUUUUUGUUGUUUCAACUUUGUGUUAAUUAAUAUAUAAGAGGUUUCACUUUCGCUCUAACCGUUCUAUGUUAUUGUUUUAUCUUUUAUGUUAUUUACUCUUUUGGUAGUCACAUCUUUUUGUUAAUUUUUGGUAGCUAGAUGUAAGUAUUGCAUUUAAAUUUGUGUGUUGCUCUUUUUAUUUGACACAAAAUUCACAGCGCUGCAAUAAGCUGAGUUUUAUAAUUUUAUAGCUACAUAUAUAAGUUUGAACCAAUAUAUUAGAUUGAACAAAUCCAUAUUUUCUAUAAAUAUCCUUGGCGAAGAUCAUCAAAAAAUCUUAAAGUAACAUAUUUCCACUUUGUAUCCCUUUACAACAUAAAAGAUACGCUCCUGUAAACUUAACUAUAAAUAUGUAAGCAUCUGUGCAUGUAUAGCAACUACAAAAGUUCGCUGGUUUCAACACUCUGGUGUCCAAAUCUGUUAGUAUUUGCAAAUGUACUGUUUUUCCAAAACCUCACAGAUUUCAACACCCCUGGUGGUGCCGUGGUGCCAACGCACGCUAGCAUCUGUAAAUAUGCCGUCCGGUGACGAAAAUUGAACCUAAGCGAGACACAACCUGCGCCGCACAGUGGUCCUUUCUGACGAUCUAUGGUUGCAAAAGUAUUACACCACAAUUAGUCGGAGAGAUAGAAGCGGAUUUUGUGCGUGAUAAGUAAUAUGGAAAAACUAUACGGAAAUAUGUUAAAUUAGUUGUGUACAUGACUUUCUCCAUCGGCCGGAAACCAGAGUGGGGGACGAGGGUAGUUAUAAGGGGUCAAAGACGCGGUUUUUAUUAUUUUUUUUUUGUGACGCUCAUGAUCGAGAUAGUGCACCAAAAUUUGGGAAUAAGUAGGUCAUGACGUAACUAAGUAAAAUCUCCAGGGGUGGAACGCUGCGUGGCCGACAAAGGGAUGGGGGUAGGGGUGAAUAUAAAAAAUAUAAAGGGUUUUUUUGCGACUUUCGUGACUGAGAUAAUGCACCAAAAUUUGGUAAUAAGUAGACCAUGACAUAACUAAGUAAAAUCCCCAGAGUGGGGGACGAGGGUAGUUAUAUGGGGUCAAAGUCGCGGUUUUUAUUAUUUUUUUUUGUGACGCUCAUGAUCGAGAAAGUGCACCAAAAUAUGGUAAUAAGUAGGUCAUGACGUAAGUAAGUACAAUCUCCAGGGGCGGAACGUUGCGUGCCGACAAAGGGCAGGGGUGAAUAUAAAAAUUAUAAGGGAUUUUUGUGACGUUCGUGAUCGAGAUAGUGAAGCAAAAUUUGGGAGUAAGUAGAUCAUGACGUAACUAAGCAAAAUCUCCAGGGUCGGAAACCAGAGUUGGGGAUGAGGGUAGUUUUAAGGGGUCAAAGUCACAGUUUGUAUUAUUUUUUUGUGACGCAUCACAACAUUUGACCGCCACGCAGCGUUCCGCCCCUGGAGAUUUUACUUAGUAAUGUCAUGAUCUACUUAUUCCCAAAUUUUGGUGCACUAUCUCCAUCAUGGGCGUCACAAAAAAAUAAUAAAAACCGCGACUUUGACCCCUUAUAACUAACCUCGCCCCCACUCUGGUUUCCGGCUGUUGGGGAAAGUCAUGUGCACAACUAAUUCAAUAUAUCCCCGUAUAGUUUUUCCAUAUUACUUAUCACGCACAAAAUCCGCUCCCAGCUCUUAGACUAAAUAUAAGGGACUGAAAAUUCGUAUACAGUUAAAACAUUGUUGUAUUCGCCCCGAGCGUUAACAAAGUGUCAAAGCAAAAUCGACCGACCUGCUCAUGGUGGCGGAUUUUUGAAAUUUUAUAAGGACGCUUUGUGUAUGUUUAAAUGAGACAUUUAAAAAAAAUGCCGUGUCACGCUAGUGAUAUUAUGUAUUAAUAUAAACAGAAAAUAAAAACGCACUUAAUCUGAUAUAAAUUCUUCACUUUCCAAUAUUGAUUAUCAGUUCGAUUUUGUAUACAUAACCUCACUAUCGCAGUUUAUGUCAAUAAAUCUUUAUUAACGCAAAAGAAAAUAUUUUUGUUGCACUAUAAAUUACAGUAUAAAUUAAUAACUAAUGAAUUCUAACAAUUUUUUUCGGUUAUUAUCACAAAAAAAUAAAAUAUUCAAGUUUAACAAAAUAAUCCCAUAAGACUCAAUAUUAAAACGUCCUUACAAAAUCUGACAGCGUGUCACCUGACUGUAAGUAGAGGGGAGACGCACGGAGCCAAUAAUAAUAUGUAAAAUACAAGAACCUACAAAAAUUAAAAAAAUAUAGAAAGAGCACGUUCGAGCAUACAAGAGUAACUUUUUCUAAGAGAUAAAUGAAUAAAGUAACAAUAAAAAAAUAGUUUAGCAACAAUCCCAAAAGUUCUACUCUAUUAAAAUCUUUACAAAUUCUUAUUUUAGUGCUAAUCUAUCAUCAUUUUUACAAUCAAAUAUUUUUUUAUCAACAAAGGUACAACUAUUGUUUUAUAAUAUUGUAAAUAUACCUGUUCGCUUGACUUCCAUUUCAAAAAAAUAUUAAAAUAACAGUUUUAAGGCUGUAUGACACUAUACAUUUUCUUGUAUCAUUUCUAAUAUCGUUUCUGAUAUGUCAAAAAAAUGCAUAGUGCCAUACACAGAUAUAAGAAACGAUAUCAGAAACGAUACAAGAAUUUAAGUCAGACACAGAUUCUUGUACAAGAACUGCGCCAAUUUCUGCGCAAAGAGCAAGAACGUAAAACCUGCUGGUAAAACAUCUAAAAUGUCAUAAUUACUUACUCAUAAUGGCUGCUGAAAUGAAAAUGGGAUCAUGUAUUGAUGAAUUUAUUUGUGUUUUUGUAGGUAUUAUUUAUAAAUCUUUUAUUGAUACUUAAUAUACCGUUUGGUAUGGACUAUACUGUUCUACUAAUAACCAUAUAUUUAGCUCCUAGUAAAGUUCAAACUAUAUCUAAAUGUAGGUUUCAUGGUGCAUAAUUUUUUAAUAGACGAAAAUACAAUAGUUCCUAAUUUGGAUCAAACUGAAGAUAAUUCUAAUGAAAAUAUUUUAGCACAAAUAUCAAAACAAAAUAGAAACACAAAUAAUCAACCUCAAACAGUCAACGUUAAAUUCUGGUUAACAUUAAAAUGUUAAUUAAAAGUUUAUAAAUUUUAUAAAAUCCUUAAAAUCAGCUGUAGAUGCAGUACUACCAACUACCAUAACGUGACACAGGGUGACAAACAAAAUUUCGACCAAUCACGUGCCGAAUUUCAUACAAUUUUCGAUACAAGAACUUGCAUAGUGUCAUACAGGGCACAAAUGUACGUACAAGAAAUGAUACAAGAAAAUGUAUACAAGAAACGAUAUCAGAAACGAUAUUAGAAAUGAUACAAGAAAAUGCAUAGUGUCGUACAGCCUUUAGAUACACUUAAAUAUUUUCUAAUAAUGUGUUUUUGUAAAGGCAUAACUUUGAUUAUUAAUUUCUUAUCGCCGCUUAUUUAGUCUACCAAAAGUUAUCAGAAUUUAAUGACAAAGACAACGCAGUUGUCACUCGGGGUGUUGACUAUGCUAAUAUUUUUAUUUAUCAUAAUAAAUUGUAUUUUUCAGAUACUUCCAUCUCGCAAACAAAAACAAGUAAAAAUAAACAUCAGGCGGUGAGUCACGCGUCCCACGGCCCAAGAAAACUGUACGCCGAUGACAAACGUUCCCAAGCGAGACCUGCGAACGAAUACACUGAUAGUAGGAUGCGCAGAACUGUCUACGCAGUUCGCCGGUGCAGGUUGUGUCUCGCUUAGGUUCAAUUUGCGCCGGGCCUAAUUCGAAUCCUAGUGCGCAUGUCAGCCCAGCCAGUACUUAAAUUUUUUUAUCCGUGUACUGAAAUGAUCGUCACGAAACUGUGACUGAACCUGAACGAUCACAAUUUAGUUUUGAACAAUCGGAAGGACGAUGCGAUGAACGAUCAUUGUUUUGUUGCAACGUAUUUUGUGUACUGCGCAUGAGCGUGAUCGAUACAUGACGGUGUUUCUUUUUGUUGAAACAAACCUAAAGACGUUAAAAUUAAAGUAGACGAUAGCCUUUUUUUUUAAUGUAAAUUAUUUAUCCUUUAAUAGUUACUUCUCACGAGCUAAAACACUAUAUUUUUAUGAAUGUCGCAAAAUAAGGUGUACCAUCGUACAUACAAACAAAAUCAUCCCACUUUUGACGAUUUUUAAGAAAUGUCUUUACUGUCUUCUUCCAAUGUAACUUUCAUCGCUUUAAAAGAGCAUUAUCGUAUAACGCACGUUCAUUUUAUGAAUAUUCAGCCCUGUGAUGGAUGACCGAAGUUAUCUUUAACGUUUGCGUAUAACUCUGAGGGAUAACUAUGUCCAUAACUAUUUACGUAAAUUCGGUGUGACGUAUCCGUCACCGUUAUGAGGUAGUUAUUUCUUAAACGUUAAAAAAGAAAUAACAUUUGAGUAACAAAGUGAACCUUAUGUAGAAAUAGUUCAAGUUGGAGUGAGUGCGAGAGAUUGGUCGGAACAUGGCACAGGAUGGGAAGUUAACCAUAAAAGCAGCGUUGCCAGAGUUGGUACAUGGACAGCCUAAGUCUGACGUCACAAAUGUCACAAAAUUGGGAGGAGCUUAUAUUGACUCCAAACAAUUUUGUUUGUAACGUUAAAUGGUCAUGAGGAAUUUUUCAUUUUUGUGCUUUGUGUGGCAAAAUAAGACUUCAUUUAGGUAUUUCGUUAAAGAAACGUGUUAAUUAAGAGAUUUUUAUUCGUUUUUGCUCAGGGGGUUUUUAUUCCUUAGUGGUUGAAAAUAAACAUAACCUCAAAACUGUUUACGUUCUAAUCAUUGCAUUAAAUUAACUCACCUGGACAAAAACGAAUAAAAAUCUCUUAAAUGACACGUUUCUUUAACUAAAUAACUAAAUGAAAAGUCUUAUUUUGUCACACAAACCACGUAAACAAUCAAUUAAUAAUUCCUUAUGAGUGUUUAACAUUAUAAACAAAAUUGUUUGGAGUCAAAUAUAAGCUCCUCCCAAUUUUGUGACGUCAAGACUUAGGAUGUCCAUUAACAACCAAACUUUUGAUUUAAAGCAAAAACCUAAAAUUUUGAGAUAUAAGAAAUUUGCUUCAAAUAACAUUAAACGACGUUUUUUUUUUUAAGUUUUUGUACAAAAUGUGUUAUUUUAGUACAUUUUGUGUCACUAUUCCAGUCAUUUCAGUGCAUUUACAAAAAUUUCUCUGGCAACACUCCAUAAAAGUUUAAAAUCCCUAUGUUUAUAAAUUUCAACUUAUGCAUUAUUCAUUCAACAAUUAUAUCUCGAUUUGAUUUUUGUAUGAUUUUUAAAAUUGUAUUACCCUUCUAUUCUUAAAUUAUUAGCUUUACUUUUCAUUUUUAAUUAUUGUUUUCAUUUUAUUAUUACCUACGUGCUUUUAAUUGUUAUUUGAGGUGUAUGUUUUUGAUACUUUUAAUUUUGUGCUGCUUUAUAUUUGAUAUAAUACAACCUGAAGCAGCGUUCUUCGUUGAAGAUUCACUUGAUUUUUAUCUAAAAACAAGUCAAAGAUGAACCUUACCUUACACAUCCUUCCAUAACUACAAAGUUAUCUCAUAACUUGAGGUUUAACGUCGCGUUAUAAAGUGACAGUUGAUAUAUCAGAUAACUCAAGAACUGUCAAAAAAUAACGCAAGUAGUUAAGUUAAAUAUGAUACAUCACACCAAUUCGAGGAUUAUAACUUAACUACAGGAUAACUUUACGUUAUAUUUAACGUGAGUGAUUCAUCACAGGGCUGAUUAUCUGGUACUUAUUCGCUCCGUGCAUGACUGACGCGACACCUAGCGUAGUCGCCUGACAAUUUUGGCGACCACGAUUUGACGUUAAGCAUAUGAUAGACAUAUGACAUAUGUGACGGUGAUAUGUAAUAUUUAUUUACCAUUUCUGAUCAAAGUUGUUAUACAAACAAUAAGUUCGAGAAGACAGUCAGUGACUAGUCCACGUCAAGUGGAGCAUGUUCACUUUAAAAUAAUAUAAAUAAUACCGUUGAUAGAUAAAUAUACAAGGUAUAUUUACUAUUAAUUAUUAAUAUUCUGGUAUAUUUAUCAGUAAACGAUAAUACAUUGAAUAAAUAUACAUAAUAUGAUAUCAAAGUGCGCAUGCGUUGUGGUGGACUAAAAGUCACCGACAGGAUCCGCGAACGAACAUAAUGACAAUGACAUUACAAAAAUUCCCCAAAAUUGUCAUAUUUCGCUGCUACGGACGCUGGCAUAGUUUCGUGUAACCCCACCAUGGUCACGCACGGUGCGAAUACAUCGCGCCCUUAGUAAUAUAGAGGCACAAUUCAAAAAAGUAGAUUUUUGGGAAAUCGCGUUUUAAGAUUCUGGUUUCCAAAAUUACAGCUAUUUUUUCAAAUAACAUGCUUAUUAUUUAAGUUGUAAAUGUGAAAUUUGGCAGAUUUGUUAUUUGAUAAUUGCACUAUAAAUAGCAAUGAGAAAAAUUUAAUAUAAAUAAACUCCAUUAAUUACAUGUAAUUGAAAAAAAACUUUCAAGUUAGUCCCAUAUAGUACAAAAAAAUAUAACAGAAAUAAGGAACUGUUUAAGUUUGACCCCUUAUAUUAUUAUUAAUGCUCUGUCGCGAUUUAUGCAAAAUAGCGAUCUAUUAUGAAUUAGACCCAUUUAUUUAUUAUAUUUUGCAUAAUAUAACGGCUCAACUAAAAACUAUUCUAUAUACAAAAUGUUAAAACACAAUCUAACCAGGAUUUUCAUCAUAGAAAGACAUGUUACUGAUUGCUCCCUUGUAGCAAUAAACACCAGAGGUGGUCGGGGAGAGUGAAAGAGGCAUAAAUAUCUUUACCGAACCAUUCAUGUCUUUUUCUCCCUCUGUCAACGCUAACGGGUAGAGAAUUUCAUUUUGUGCCCAUAUCAUUCAAAAUCACAGUUAAUACAAAUUUUGAGUUGAGCCCUUAUAUUACUGAGGGUGCGACAUGAUAUAAAUAUUUCAAUUUCUCAUUUAAGAAUAUAUACUGUGCCUUUGUAAAACUGCGGCCUUAAAAGAGACUUUAUAACUUUUUAAAUUUUAUGUAUCCGAUUUAAUAAACGUUUGAAUAGAA